AUGGCGCCAGUGGUCAGCAUGUGCCCCUCUGUUGUGAAGAUGAGAAAAGAUGUGAAGAAGGCCAGAGUCCUGACUAUUCGCAGACUAACCAGACACAUAGGGAAAUUAAAGUUGAAAAAGGGUUCAGAAGACAUGAAAUUAAAGAACCAAAAACGAGUUGAGAGAUUGAUAGAAGAAAUCCAUGCCAUGAAGGCAAUAAAGCCAGAUGAAGUUACCAGGCUUGGUCUUAGGACAGAAGUGAAUUUUGACAGUGUCUGCAGAAAGCCAAAUUGUACUGCAACUGAGCGAGCCAUUGCAAGACUUGCGAUACAUCGCAUCUUGAAACCCAAAUUUGUUGAACUUAAAGCUGCUGUAAAAGCUUUUCAGGAUGCAAGAAAGAACCCAGCCGAAGCCACUUCUUCAAAAAAGGCUACGUCAGAAGAACAGCUUAAAUCAGUGCAACAUAUCAAUAGCAAUUUGGAUGACCAAGCUCUUAAACUAGCUCAAAAACAGCAAGGAUGUGAAGACAAAGCAAAAAUGAGUAGGAAAAUAGAAACUGACGGGGUGGCGGAAGAAGAUUGUGAGAGUCAAUCUGAGCAGAAAACUGUGGCAGUGGAGAGAGUAUCUGCUCCAGAAGAAUCUUCAUUUCAGGCAGUAGAAAUGCAAGCAGUCACUCAGAAUAGAACAGGAAAGAAACAUGGCUAUCAAAAAAGGAAAGAAAAUAUGAGCAUGAACAAAUUAAAUGCAAUAAAACAAAUACUUAAUGAUGACAGUGACCAGGAACAUCCUAAUGAAGAGGAGUACUUUGAUGAUAGUACUGAAGAGAGGUUUUAUAACGAGUCAUCAGAUUCUGACAGUGACAGCGAUGAUGAUUUCUUCAUUGGCAAAGGUAAAAGAAAGAAAAAGAUAGCAGCAGUUAGUAGUCUUUCUUCAGCAAAAGAAAAGGAUAGACUUCAGAAAAACAUAGCGAAGAAAGAAAAGAACACAGUCCCCGGGACAGUACAAGAUUCGGUCAUGGAAGAAGGAAAGCGACAUGCAAAAGCAAGCAAGAUAGAAUCAAUGUUCUGCAGUUCUUUGUCCAGCUCUAAUCAGAAAUCUCAAAAGAGAAGAAAUAUUGACAACCAGCCUCUGAAAAAUGAAAGAACGGCUUUUCUUAAAAAGGAACCACGGCUCAAGAAGCAGCCAUUUGCAGAAGUUGCAGGUAUUAAAUGUGACAAUAAGAAAGCACGUUUGGAGCAGCCUCUUCAUCCGUCAUGGGAAGCAAGCAAGAGACGCCGGGAACAAAUGUCUCAAAUUACAGCAUUCCAAGGGAAAAAGAUUAUAUUUGAUGACUAG